AUAUAGAAGAUGAUCAUCAUUAAGAAUGUUGGCUCUAGUCAAGAAGACCAUCCCGGCACUAAGCGGUGGCUCCUUGAUAAUCGCUGGAUCUUACUCUUAAUCAUCUCAGUCCUGAUCUACGGCUCUCACGCACCUCUCAUCGCUCUCACUAAAUCAAACGGUCGUGUCCCUUUCAGCCCGUCAUCCUGCGUCGUCCUGAUUGAGCUCACCAAGCUGCUCAUCUCUCUCGGUGCUCUGUUUGCUUCGGGAAACAUCCACACCAUCAGGGUUUCCAUAUCCUGGGCUGCAAUUUUGCCGUAUGCGCUCCCCGCUCUGCUUUAUGCGUUCAACAACAACCUGGUGGUUUUCAUGCAGGCCUACAUGGACCCCAGUUCAUUUCAGGUGCUUAGCAACCUUAAGAUCGCCUUCACCGCAUUGCUCUACACCACCUGCCUGAAGAGGAGGCUGCGCCGCGCUCAGUGGGCUGCCCUGGCGUUCCUCAUGGUGGCUGGGGCACUUCACAGCUACUCCAGCCUGGAUUGGGAAAUCCCAGCCCUGGGAGGGAAAACCGCGAGAGCCGGGCUUCAUAUCACAGCCUGGGGGCUACUGCUUGUGCUCCUUUACUGCUUUGUGUCUGGACUCGCUGCAGUCUACACCGAGAAAGUUUUAAAAAGCCAGCGUUUGCCGCUGAGCUUACAGAAUCUGUUCCUGUAUAUAUUCGGCGUGGGGAUCAACCUGAUAUCAUAUUUCUACAGCAGCGGGACACAGCAGGCAUUCCUAGAUGGAUAUUCAGCACUGGUGUGGAUCAUCGUAGCAGGACAGGCAGCUAACGGCCUGCUAAUGUCUGUAGUAAUGAAACAUGGAACUGGAAUAACGAGACUCUUCAUCAUUUCUUCAGCCAUGCUGGUGAACAGCGUGCUCUCCUGGGGGCUGCUGGGAUUGCAGCUCACUACUUUCUUUCUUUUGCCUGUGCUGAUGAUCGCAGUGGCUGUGUACCUCUAUUACAGGUGAAUGAUCCGAAAGCAGGGCUUGUGUUUUAACAAUAAAUCAAACAGAAUUGACUCCAGAAUUCAUUAAACAUUUCUUGAAAGUGAUUUUUUUUUUGU